AUGGAUCUCCAUCGCUGUCGCUUCGUCCCCUACCCGCCCUCCGCCAUCAACGCCCUCGCCUUCUCUCACCCCUUUACCCGCUCAAAGGCCCAAUCAGCCGCCUCCCGUCUCGCAGUCGGUCGCGCCAAUGGCGACAUUGAGAUCUGGAACCCGCUAGGCGGCUCCUGGCUCCAGGAGACCGUCCUCCGCUCCGGCGCAGACCGCUCCGUCGACGGCCUCGUCUGGGCCAACGAUCCCGACGCCGACUCCGUCUCUGGCGGCCGCUCGCGUCUCUUCAGCAUCGGAUACACCUCCGCCGUCACGGAAUGGGAUCUCGAGACCGGCCGCCCCAUGCGCCACGCCAGCGGCCAGCACGGUGACAUUUGGUGCCUCGCUGCCCAGCCUCCCGCCUCCCCUUCCGAUCCCGUCAAGCGCCUCGUCGCCGGUACCAUUGACGGUAUGCUCGCCAUGUACUCCAUCGAGGACAACGACUUGCGCUUCCAGCGCAUGGUUGUCAAGUCUCCCAGCAAAAAGGCCCAGAUGGUCAGCGUCGCCUUCCAAUCCCGCCACAUUGUCGUCGUUGGCUGCUCCAACUCGACCAUUUGCGCCUACGAUACGCGCAACGGCAACAAGGUGCGGACGAUGGCUCUCGGCGCCGACUUGGCCGGAGGCGCCAAGGACAUAAUCGUGUGGAGCGUCAAGGUUCUGCCUUCUGGGGACAUUGUCUCGGCAGACUCGACCGGCCAGGUCUGCAUCUGGGACGGCAAGACAUACACUCAGAUGCAGCGCAUCCAGAGCCACAAGCAGGACGUUCUCAGCCUCGCGACCAGCGCCGACGGGACCGCCAUCAUGAGCGGCGGCAUGGACCGUCGCACGGUUCUGUACAAGAAGACUUCCGGUGGCUCUGGCGCCAGAUGGGGCAAGGUUUGGAGCAGGAAAUACCACGAACACGACGUCAAGGCCAUGGCUUCUUUUGAGAGCAACAAGAUGAGCGUUGUCAUUUCAGGAGGCCCCGACGCAUCCCCCGUCGUCCUACCUUUCAAGGAGCUCGGCCGCGAGAACCACAGAACCCUCUCCGGUCUCCCUCAGUCACCGCCUCUCACCAGUGCCCCCUCAGCAAGAAUGGUUGUCGGUUGGUGGGACCGAGAGAUUCACAUCUGGAAGCUGCAAAAGUCAUUUGACGGCCUUUAUGGCGCGGACGGCGCCGACGCCGACGCGAGCCUCGAGAACAACCGCAAGCUCCUAAAGACUAUCCUCGUCAAGGGCGAGUCCAACAUCACGUCGGCCGCAAUCACCGCGGACGGUUCAUUCCUCGUUGCCGCCACCGGCACGGACGUCAAGGCAUUCCACCUGCAGCACCACAACCCUACAAAGCCCUCGGACGUGAAGCUCGCCUCCGUCGCCAUGCCCAAGGCCUUCUCAAACGGUGCGAGCAAGAUUAUCCUGUCGCCCAACGGCAACUACAUCGCCGCAGUCCAAAAGGGAUCCAAGGUCCUCGUCGCCAAGGUCGUCCGUGGCGACGACGACGACGACAACAACACCAUCAUCAUUCAGAAGCCUCGCGUCGUCCGCCGCCUGGACCGCAAGACCUCCAAGCAGCAGUCCCAGGUCGGCCUCGGUAACUACGAGAGGAACAUCACCCAGCUCGUCUUCUCGCCCGACAGCCGUAUGCUCGCAUCCGCGGAUCUGACCGGCUACAUUGACACCUGGGUCCUCGGCAAGCCGCAGGACACCACCUCAGAGGACGACGACGAAGCCGCGUCAGCGUCCUCUGACAGCGAGGACUCGUCCAACGAGGACGAUAUGGCUGCCGUCACCACCACCACUUCAAGCGAGAGCUGGAUUCGUAAUCCCCGCGCGUCACUUAUGCCCAGACUCCCGGCACCACCCGUGGUGCUCUCCUUCUCAGACGAGACAGUCGCCGCCACCGACGGCGCAACGACGACAGACUACACGCUCGUGGCCGUCACAACAGCGUGGCACAUCCUCGCCUUCCACCCCGUCGCCGGCGCCCUGACCUCGUGGUCCCGCCGCAACCCCAUCUCCAGACUCCCCACCACCAUCCGCGACACUCGCGACCUGGCCAAGGGCCUACUCUGGCAAGGAUCCCGCAUCUGGAUCUACGGCGUCUCGUUCCUCUUCAUGCUCGACCUCUCCCAGGACCUCGGCAUCCCGACGGGCUCAACCGACCCGGAAACCGCCCUCGUACCGCACCAGGCCGGCACGAAGCGCAAGCGCAGGGGCGGUCCCGAGAGCGGCGCCGGCGCGCGGAUGGACGUCGGCGCCAUCGUGCCGCAUCAGGUCGACCGCUUCGUCGGCUCCAAGGCCGGCAAGGAGUGGCAGGACGACAUUGAGAAGAAUGCCCCCAAGGACGAGGACGCGAUGGACGUUGAUGGCGAUUCUGCUGACGACAACGACGAAGAAGAAGAGGAGGAGGGGCACAACGCCAGCGACAGCGAAGGCGGCGAGCUCGCGGCCCUCCGGAACCGGAAUCGGGAGACGCAGACCGAGGCGGGCGCCGAGGGCAAGACGCGGUGGUGGUAUACGUACAAGUACCGUCCCAUUUUGGGCAUAGCGCCGCUUUCUAGCGGUGCUGCUGGCGGCGCGGGAGCCGGAGCCGGAGCCGGAGCCGAUGGAGACGAGACGGACGCUCUCGAGGCCGUCCUUGUUGAGAGGCCUAUUUGGGAGGUGGAUCUGCCUGCGAGAUACUUUGGCGCCAAAGAAUGGGAGAGGUAA